UCGCAACUCGCCCCAUAUCCUUCACCGCAUAGCCGCCGCCGCCGCCCUCUGAUCUCCCCCUUCUCUCGGCGACGCGGCGAGUCUGCUUUGCACCCAUCCAGGCGGAGGCCAACAGAUCAAGGAUACACUACAGCAUACUUUGAAGAGUUGUCCUGUGCCAAAUCAAGAAAGAAGGCACCUUUUGCCCGGAAUCAUGGCGCCAUCAGCAUCCACUGGUCAGAAAGUCAACCUGAAGGGGUACAAGACCCUACCCCAUGCUAUUCAGCUGGUAACGAUGAUGUCGGGGACGUCUUCAGCUUCAACAUUGACGAUUGGGGACCGGAACAAGAAGUUCAGGGUGAGCCGUGGUUUGACGUGGAUGGUGGUUAUCUGCAUACCGGCUACUUUCAUUGCCAUCACAGCAGGUUCGGCCUACAGGAUGUAUAACAAACCCAUCUGGGCCGCCGGCUUCCCAUCAAGGCUGCCAGCUGUCUUGAUGUUGGGAGCUUACCUGGCAGUGGUGAACCUGGCGCUGGGGUACUUGACCCUCUACUUGCCACAGGCGCCCUUCGCUGUGUGGAAAGCUCUGGAUGAUGUUGUUCUCAGGUUGAUUGGCCUUGCCGCUAUCUUAAUCUCUGGCCCUGUUUUGUUGUCUGCCCAGGCGUGGCUGCACAUCAUCUGGGCUUGCCUUCUUGGCGUCCUCAUUGCUGCCAUCCUUGCCUUCUGUGUCUGUCUUGCUCGGACGUACAGCAAGUAGCCUCUUGCUACCAUG